AUGCCCACUGUUUCCAAAACAUGCCAGAGUUGUGCAAACUCCAAGGUCCGCUGCAUCCGAAGCCCGGAUAACCCUCACACGUGUAAUCGAUGCUUCCGUCUAGGAAGAGAAUGCAUUCGUCGCGAGACUGGUCGACGUUUCAAUGGUUUCCACAAGGAUCGGAAGAUCGAGGCCCUCGAAUCGAGGAUCAAGGAGCUUCUAACCGAUCGAGCUGCAACCUCAGAGGAACCGUCAGAUGCCCCUACGAAUUCAGUGAGCAACGUAGAGAAUAAGCCCACUUUUGAAAGUGCAAAUGACCUGCACGAUGUUGUCGACCGAGGAUUUCUGAGUAUGGUGGCUGCUGAAAGGUAUUUAGAGAUUUUCCGGACAACUAUGACCCCUCAGUUUCCGUUUGUGGUGGUCUCUCCACAGGUAUCUGUCCUGCAGCUACGGGAGGACAGACCUUUCUUAUUUCUAGCCAUUCUUGCCUCUGCAUCAUACGAAGACAUGCCGUUGCAGCGGCUACUAGGGGCUGAAGUUAAGAAAGUUAUUGCCUGCCGUAUGGUCCUCAAUGGAGAUGUCUCUUUUGACUUGCUGCAAGGGCUAUUGGUGUUCUUGGCCUGGUCACAUUACCAUGCGAAGCCUCGUUGCUACACUCAAUUUCUUCAACUGGCCAUUAGCCUUAUCAUCGAUCUGCGACUUGAUAGACCGCCAGAGUCAAAAACGUGGAAGACCAAACUACUCUUUGCGCCGCAGUUCAACCUGAACGACGCAAAAUAUAGUCGAGAAUCUUGGCAUAACGACGAAAAAAGGGCGCUCAUUGGUUGCUAUUACUUAUCGUCCUCGAUUUCAAUACAUGUACUGAAGCAGUCUAAUUUUCCUUGCACUUCAUACAUCGAGAAAUGCUGCCAGUCUCUCUAUGACACGCCGGAACACACAUACGAUAAAUACCUCAUCUACAUUGUUCAAUUACAGCGCAUCGCAGAGAAAAUAGACCGCCUAUCGGCAAGUCAUGGACAAGAGCUGAUGAGACCGGGAUCGGGAACCGAGCUCUAUGUUAUUAAUAUGAAGUCCGACCUUGAAUCAUUUCAAAGUCAAUUACCCUUUAAUAUUGACGAUACUCCAUUACUCGCGAUUCAUUUCCACACGACUGGCCUAUCAUUAUACCAGCUUGCUUUCACUAUAGCAGGACAGCAACCAAAACACAAAUUUACAACCUCACGGUCCUGGCGGGAUGAGAUGUCCUAUGCGGCGCUCCACGCCGCCGAAUCCACAAUUCAUCUAUAUCUUUCGCUACCUGCUGAUUUGGAACUGGGGUUUGUCAACACACAGUGGGUACAAAUGGCAUUUGCAAUGCUUGCAGCCUACCGCCUUACUGUUAUAGUCUCUAGACCAGAGCAAACCGCCGCUUUCGUUGACACAUUGGCUCAAUUGCGACAGCGUGUUGGAGCAUUGUCAACUCCCCACGUGGAUUUUAACGGUGGGCGAGAUGUUUUCUUUGGCUUCAGAAACCGCAUCACAUAUAUUCUGAACAGACUCGACGGAAGUGAUAGCAAGGCAGAUGCAAUGACGAGCAGCGUGGGCAUCGAUGAAGUGGAUGAUUUCUCACAUGCACCAGAAUAUGGAUCUACAGACUUGGCUAGUUGGCCCCAAGUGGGCUCGCUCAUGCCUAUGAUUGAGGAUGCAGAGUUUCCGCAUGAUAGUCUUUUCGAUGCUUCCAUAGAGCAGAUGAUGAGAAAUUGGAUAUAA